AUUUAAGUUUAUUAAAAAUUGAAAUUUAGUUCACAAAAACAUUCAUUGUAGAACAAAAUGGCUGAUUCACUACAGGGAUUGAGAUCCUUUUUAAAGAAGUAUGCCAAAGUCAUAGAGAGUAGGAUGCAAAAUACAGAUGUUGCAGAUGAGGAAUUCCAGAGGAUAAAGCAGCAAGCUAUGGAAGAUAAAAAAACUGUCUUUGCUAUUGAAGGCUCUAAAGAGACUAACCGUAAGAAAAACCGAUACAAAGAUAUUUUACCUUAUGACCAUACACGUGUUAUUUUACCAAAAAACAAAUUUGUUGAUGGAUCAGACUAUAUAAAUGCAAACAACAUCAUGGAUGCAAAUUCAAAAGUUUGUUACAUAGCAUCUCAAGGUCCGAUGCCAAACACAGUUGAUGACUUCUGGAGAAUGAUUUGGCACAAUGAAGUUAAGCUUAUAAUCAUGGCUUGCAAGGAGGUUGAAUUAGGAAAGCCUAGAUGUCAAAGGUACUGGCCAUAUGGUGAUGAUGUGGUGCAGUUUGAAGACAUUACAGUGUCAAUGGAUUCUGAAAAAACGUUUGCCCAAAAUAUGAGGAUGAGAAAGAUGAAAGUAUCAAAAGGAAACAAAGAGCGUUUAGUGACCCAACUGCAUUACAUGGAUUGGCCGGAUCAUGGUGCACCGGAAACUUCUGAAACCAUCCUUCAUUUGAUUACAAUAGCACGGGAAAUAAACCCUGAAGAUGACCCACCCAUACUUAUACACUGCAGUGCUGGUUGCGGUAGAACAGGUGCAAUCAUUGCAAUUGAUACUGCAAGAAAAUUAAUUCAAAAAAGGGCAAAGACUAUAAAUGUUUAUGAUAUUGUUUCUUGGCUACGAAAACAAAGACCGUCCAUGGUACAAACAAAGGACCAAUACGAGUUUAUAUAUGAAGUUAUUCGUGAAAUGGUUACCUCUGAAUUAAUAAAAUACGAUCCAAAUUUUGAAGAUGACAGUAAUCCAACUUAUGUAAACAUUGGAUUUUUGCCAAUGGGAACAAAUUACUCCAAUAACGAAGUGUUUGAGGAACCUAAAAGUGCAGAAAAACAUACCAGUCCUUUUAAACAAGAAGAUAAAGAAAACAAUUCAAACUGCGCAAAAAGACAAAUACUUUUACCCACAGAACAUGGGGACACAACCAAUAAAAGUUUUCGUCGCAAUCGAAGUCUGUAUAGUAAAAAUUCUCCAAGAAUGGAGCACAAAAUUCCUGCUUUGCCAAGAAAAGAAUCUGACAGCAAAUCUGGAACACGACCUAAAGGGAUGUUAAUAGAUUUUAAUGAGCCACCUAAAUUUCCUGCAGCUGUACAAAAAGAAACAAUGCAAGAAAGUUUGGGAAAACAACCUAGGAACAACGUGAAGCCUAAACCUUUGUUACCAUCUUAUAAACCAGCUGUAACAAAGCCGUCAAUGGAGAGUUAUGUAAACGUCACGCCUGUAUCUCCUGGAAUGAAACCGAAUGAAGAAUUUAUUGCUGCUCCUAAAGCAACUGCAAUUAACUCUUAUCCCAUGAAACCCAAAACUUGCAACCCCACUGUGCCAAUACGGCCAAAUAUUUUACAAAAUAAAAAUCCGUCGAUACUACCUGCAAACGGCAUGUCAAAUUCACAUGCUUCAAGAGUAAAUAACUUGCACACUGAAAAUGGUAAAAUUAACGUUUCUCAAAAUGCACAAAACAAGACUUCUAAUAAUACUCCUGCUCCUUUGUAUACUCCAGUGGACAAAUCUCAUUUAAGCCACAGUUCCAAAGUUUGUAGUGCGAAAGAUGUAGACUUCAGAAGUCCGGUACCUAAAGGUAAAAUUAUACCCCCAUAUGCAGUGACAGAGAUAGGAACAUAUGGCCAAAAACAAAAGGAACCAGCAGAAGACCAGUCAAAAGGUACUAAGAAUCAAUGGAAACUAUCUAUACAGUCUCAAACUGCUGAAGCACCACUUCCAGAACGCACCCCUGAAUCUUAUAUAAUAGUUGAAGAUGCUACUGAUAGCACAGAGCUAUCACAUGUUGAAUCAGCAAGCGCUCAUCCAGUUUUGAUGCAUCAGCCAGACAUAGCAAGUCAACCAAUCUUAUCACAACAGCGGGCUGUACCCCAACAAGCUAUUAUGUACCCUCAACAAUCACCUACCGAAGACCGACCUGCACCUUCUUCACAAAGAGCAAUAACUUUAUAUAAUGCCAUCAGUAAAAUGAAAAACAUUGCUAAAAAACCAAUGAUGAGGCUACCCAGUGUUGAUGAUAACUAUCCUUCCUAUGAAGCAUCGAAACAGUCUACAGACAUUGUAAAUGAACUUCAAACUAUUGCUUUCCCAAGAAGAAUUAAUCAAAAAGUGAAGGGUGCUCGUCCACAACCUUUUGAAUGGCCAAAAUUUCCAAGUUAAUUUAUGAAAAUACACUAAGCAACAGCAUGCACUGGUACACCUCGCUAAACUUUGCGAAAAAGUUAAAGAUCUGUUUUCCACAAACAAUAUCAUUCCCGUAGCAGAUUGUGGUGGUAAAGCAAGUUAUUGCAAAUACUGUCGUUGUUUUGGGACUGGCAUUCUCGUUCACCAGUUUAAAUUGUAAAGAAUUUCUCGUUAAAAACGAGAAUUCAUUGUUGGUGUUCAACCUAAGCUUCCCUUCAUUGUACUCAACGAGAAUAAUAGAAGUCGCUCACAAUAUAUUAAGUAGGAAGAAAUGUUAAUUUUAUCUCUCAUCAAAACCAAUUAUGUAAUUUUUUUAUGGGAUCUGCAAAACUCUUAGGCAAAUACCCUGCAUAUAUUUCGAAUGACUUGAUAUGUUUUUAUGAAGUUUUUUUGAAUAUUAUUGCAGUUUUUGUUGUUACUUGAAGUGUUUUUUAAAGUGAAAAGAAUUGGCAUGACACUAUUGUUGUCUUUGUUGUUGUUGUUGUUGUUGUUGUUGUUGUUGUUGUUGUUGUUGUUGUUGUUGUUGCGGUCGUUGUUGUUGUUGUCCUUGUUGAUAUUAUUAUUAUUCAUACUGUUUUCUUUGCUUUUUUCAUUGUUGUUUUAAAAAAGUAGUUUUUGUUUUAAUUUCGUUUUGUAUAAUUAUAAAACCUAUUUUUUAUAUUUAUUAUCAAUUAAAUCUUAUGUAAACUAGGUUGGAAAAAAUAAUGAAUUAUGAUAUGCAAUGUAAAGGUUGACAAUUAUUUAUUGCGGUUCAAAUUCAUUGGAUAAUCUGGCUCUACUGCUUUAUCCUAGAUUUGGUACUUUUCUUUAAAUAAUUUGAAGCAAAAACCUGUCAAUAAAGUAUGUUUAGGUGCAGUGUUUUAGAAUCAACCUAUACAGAUGGCACAAGCACUUAACGGAUGUAGACCAUUUUUGAUGUUGUACUGAGAGUCCAAAAGUCAAAAAUUACAAAAUGAGAAAAUCUGUUCUUUGUUUGUUUACAUUUUCAUGUUACUAUUUUUAUGAUGGCUUUCCAAACGGGUUAAUAUAGCGUAUUGCAAAAUCCUGUUAAAAUAAGCCAUAAACCAAUCAAAUCAUCAGAUUUUUUUCAUACUAACCAUUUUGUAUUAAUGAAUAACAAAUAGAAUUAUAUUAAAAAGACUACGAUUACUUCAAGCGAAUUUCAAUUAUUAUUUUUUUGUAAAUUUUAUAUUUCUUUAUUAUGUAUGUAUAUAUAUAGUUUUUAAAGUAUUUUUUUUUUAAUUGUUGUUAAGAGAUGUACGCUUUAAGUAGUAAAAUGUAUGUCAAUAUAUUCA